AAGGAAUAAGAAUCGUAUCGAUCCAGAACUUCACGUUUUUCUCGACAGUUUGGAUUCUACACCGGAUGCAGAUAGAAAUUUGGCUUUGGAACACCCAGAAAACGACAGUCAAAGUACAUUUACAGGGGAGAAUGCACAAUUGGACGGGACAUCUGAGGUUAACAACGAACCUCCUCCUUGUCAGACUCGCCCCGUUUCAAACAGUGUUGUAUCAGGACAGACCAGAGAAGAAGAAGAAACUGAAGCAAUUUCAGAUUCUACACUGAAAAGUAAAUCGUUGGAAAUCGCUGCCCGGAUUAUUCAGGGCUUUUGGCGUCGUCAUAGACGGCGUAAGCUGGCCUCUGAAGCGGCAUUGCGUCGAUUGAUGGCCGAGGAACGAAGACGCAUGGAUGAAGAGUUCCGUCCACGAGGGAUGCCACUACGUGCAGUCCAGGCAAGACAAAAACAACUGAUCGGAAAGCGUGUGCUAGAGGAACACCGGAAAAAAAUUAAGGAAGUGAUCAGUAUGGACACAGAUGAAGAAAAACCUCAUGAAGAUGUAAUGGAUCAGCGCGUGAUCAACCUUGGUGAAGAGGAAUAUAAAGUGCUGAGCUCCGGACGGUCGACUAUGGAUGAAAUCAUUCAAGACUUGGGACGACUAGGGUCAGUGGACGAAUCGAAACGGGAGCGAGACUGCAUUGGUCAGUCUAGGUUAUAUCAGAUAGCCGGAGUGGACGAACGAGGAAGUUCAAAAUCCAAGGGUUGGUCAGAAAUGUUGUCCGAAAUUCACCGCGUAUUAUCAAAGGCUGAUGAAGUUGAAGAAUAUGAGGUUCAGAUGGCUAAACGUCCACCACGAAGGCAAUCUGACAUUGCCCCUUCCAAGGUGCUUUCCCAAAUUACUCCCGAUUUUCGACCGACAACUGUGGAUUCAACUGUCCAAGGAAUGAUGAAUCCUAAUCUAUNUCCUAAUCUAUUGUCAAAUCAAACGGGAUUACUGACCAAGAGAAAUUUGCGAGAGCACACCAGGUGGGUUUAUUUAUCUCAAUUUAUUUAA